AUGCACCCAAUUUCAAGAGCUGCGCUGCGGCCGUACAUUUGCGCAUCUUGCCGUUAUGGCAUUGGCGCUAGCCGGCGGCGAUUCGGAACCAAACCCGAUCAAACUCCCGACAUUUACGACGUAGUCUGCGUUGGGGGUGGUCCGGCGGGCCUGGGACUUUUGGCUGCACUCCGUGCUUCACCCAUCACAUCAAAGCUCAAGGUCGCCCUCGUCGAAAGCCAAGACCUCAACAAGGCCCAGGCAUGGAACAUGCCAUCGGACCAAUUCUCGAACCGCGUCAGCAGCCUGACCCCGUCUUCUGCCUCUUUCCUGCGCAAGAUCGGCGCGUGGGAGCAUCUUGAUACCAACCGCGUGCAGGAGUACCAGGAGAUGCAGGUGUGGGAUGGCGAGACCGGAUCACGAAUAUCGUUUGAUUGGUCCAUGGAGACGCCUCCGUUCGAAGAUAUGCGCACAGUUGCAACCAUGACCGAGAAUUUGAACCUUGUGCGCGCCCUGCUUGGCCGGAUUGCCGCUUCGGGUGACCAGGGUCUCACACUUUUCUCGAAUACUACUGUUGCUUCUAUCGAGAAUGGAUCCGAUCUUCAGGCUUCCGGCCCUGACCUCUCAGCUUGGCCAGUUCUCUCUGUCAAGCCCACGGGGCCAGGUUCAGAGACAAAGGGAAUUUCUCGCAUCGCGGCGAGGUUGCUGGUCGGGGCGGAUGGAAUCAAUAGUCCUGUGCGCUCAUUCGCCGAUAUUCCCACCCAGGGCUGGGACUACAACCGACACGGAAUUGUCGCAACUCUCGCCCUUGCAGACCUCGAUACGCCUCCAUUCCCAGCAAACCUGCGCACAGCUUACCAGCGCUUCUUGCCCGCACUGGGCGGGCCCAUUGCUCUACUCCCGCUACCGAACAACCACGCCACGUUGGUCUGGUCGACGACACCCGAGAACGCCGCGUACCUGAAAUCACUUUCUCCAUCCGCCUUCCUGGCCAUGGUCAAUGCUGCCUUCCGCCUCUCCAUGACCGACUUGAAAUACAUGAUGGGCAUUGAACGCUCCGAGCAAACAUCUCACGAAGACGAACUCGCCUGGCACGUACAGCAUACCUCCCUCCCGUCGCAAACCCCGCCCUUGGCUACAGCCGUGCAGCAAGGCACAGUGGCAUCCUUCCCUCUGCGCUUCCGCCAUGCUGCGCAGUACAUUUCGCCCCGGGUUGCACUCGUCGGCGACGCAGCACACGUCAUCCACCCACUUGCCGGCCAAGGCCUGAACCUCGGCCUUGCAGACGUGGCUGCUCUUUCGCGAACAAUCGAGUAUGCCGUUUCUCACGGGAUGGAUAUCGGUGAUCUCCUUACUCUUGAGAGAUACUCCUCUGAGCGUUACCUGCCCAAUGCGAAGAUCGGUGGUGCUUGCGAUCUCUUGCAUAAGAUGUACACUAUCCCGGGCCAGGGCCCGAUUACCUGGGCGCGCAGUCUGGGUCUGGAUGUUAUUGAUAAGUUGCCUUUCGUUAAGUCGUUCUUGAUGAAGAAUGCUGAGGGGCAUUAG